UGUACGGUUUCAAGUUGGAAGGCAGUCGACUAGAAACCAAAAGCUUUCCAAAACCCAAAGAGCCCCCUAAACCCCCAUGUCAGAAAACCCCAAGCACUCACUUGAGAGUCACUCCCAAUCCCCAAAAAGACCUACAAAGAUUUCCAAAACCACCAACGAAGAAGAAGAAGCACAAGUGGACUCGAUGAGGCGAGCAUCGGGAAGUCAACGGUAUCUGAUAGCAAUAGAGUACAUUGGCACUCGCUUCUCCGGCUCUCAGCAACAGUCCAAUUGCCGCACUGUUGUCGAGGAGGCUUUUCGUAAGUUUAUUGGCCAGCCCGUGUCUAUCUUCUGUUCAAGUCGAACUGAUGCAGGAGUCCAUGCCUUGUCCAAUGUUUGUCAUGUAGAUGUUGAGCGCAUCAGCAAAAGAAAGCCUGGUGAAGUGCUACCACCUUAUGAACCUAUAGUGGUGCAAAAAGCUGUAAAUCAUUUCUUACAGAAUGAAGGUGAUGUAAUGGUGGUAGAUGUUCGAAAUGUUCCAGCUGAUUUUCAUGCUAGAUUUAAAGCUCAAGAACGCACGUACUUCUAUCGCUUGCUAUCUGGGCCAGAACCUUUAUCAACCUUUGAGAAGGACCGCGCAUGGCAUGUGCCUGAGGAGCUGGACAUUUUGGCUAUGCAGGAAGCCUGCAAAAUUCUGGUUGGGCACCAUGAUUUUAGUUCCUUUAGAGCAGCAGGCUGUCAGGCGAAGUCACCAAUCAGAACGUUGGAUGAGUUGAAUGUGACCGAGGUUAUCUCAUCUCCAAACUUUCCAACAAUGGCAGAGAGGAACAGCAUUUUACUGCAGGAAGAUGCGCAUAGUACCAAUACAUGUGGGACCAACUGCCACCCUAGUUUCAAUGGAGCAACUAAUCAAGGAUUUGGCUCGAGGAAAAAACACAGAUGCUUUGUGGUAACAGCGCGAGCACGUGCUUUUCUAUACCACCAGGUAAGACUGCUUGUUGGUGUCCUCAAAUGUGUUGGAACUGGAGAUCUAAAAGUACCUGAUGUGUUGAGGAUCUUGAAUGCGAAGACAGUGACUGCUGCUAGCCCCAUGGCGCCUGCGUGUGGUCUAUAUCUUGGACAUGUGAGAUACGAUUUGCCGUGAGGCCAAAAACUCGAGCUUAAUCAUUUAUACUUAUGAUAGACUUUGAAUCUUGAAGAAUACACUGGUAUGAUCGAGGUAGCAUUCAGGGAGGUACCAGCAUGUGAAGUCUUUUAAUUACUUGCCUUUCAGCCCUCCUAUAGGUCAGUUUUAUUGCUAUUGUUACUUUGUUAGUAGUGUUGUUCUCAUCUGUACCAGGUACCUUCAUCCAAGAAAUUUGUUAUUUGUACAAGCUUCCUCAGUUCCCUAUCAAAUUGGUAAAACUGAUGCUACAGGGUCUGAUUGUUGAUGCCCUAUUACUCGCACAGCUCCACAGUUAGGGGAGAUUAAUUUACUAACUUCAUUACAGGUCU